AUGUGGCAGUGUGCCAUCGUGACGCUGUUCGCGCUUAGUUUGCACGGUUACGCAAACGCACAGAUUGCGGACUCCCGGUGCCCACUGGUGGACAAUCCCCCGUUUCAUUUACCGCACGAAACAGACUGUACGCUGUUUUACACCUGCGCUUAUGGCAUGAAAUAUUUGAAGAAUUGCCCACCAAACCAACACUUCGGCUUUGCUAUACAACGGUGCGAUCAUCCCUACUUUGCCGAAUGUAACCUCGGAGGUGGAUUACCGACUACUACCCCACCCCCAACGCUGCCCACCACCGCCCCAACGCUGCCCACCACCGCCCCAACGCUCCCCACCACCGCUCCAACGCUCCCCACCACCGCUCCAACGCUCCCCACCACCGCUCCCACGCUCCCCACCGCAGCCCCUACCGUGCCUACGGUAGCUCCAACAGUAGCACCAACCCCUGCCCCUACGGUAGCACCUACCCCAGCACCAACCAUUCCAACGGCACCUACGCCAGGAGUUACUACUGUAACCACCCCACCUACUACUGUCGGACCUGAGGUACCAACGGCACCAACAAUUACAUCGGCACCAACGGCUGCACCAACGGCUGCACCAACGCUGCCGACGACUGCUCCAACAAUUCCAACGGCUCCAACGCCAGGUCCAACGAUCCCAACGGCUCCAACGCCAGGUCCAACCACCAGUGAUACUGCGCCUACACUUCCUACUGCUCCUACAGCUCCCACAGCUGCACCUCCCACUGCUCCCACUGCUCCCCCGGCUGUCUUGUUCAUACUGCUGACAUGCGACGACCAAUAUUACAACGCUACCACCGGCACAUGCACGAGUGAAGCGCCGGGAAGGUGCCAUCAGCGCAAAACGGAAAGUAUUACCAUCGACGGUGAGUCGUACUUCGGACGUGCCGUGGUGGAUCCGUGCACGACGCUAAGACCGGGUUUCAAACUGCCCCAUCCGGAAAACUGCGGGCUCUUCUACCAAUGUACACAGUCCGGGGCCGCACUGUUCGCUUGUCCGUCCAACCUGCUGUUCCACGCCACGAUGAAAGUUUGCGUGUGGCCACAGCAAGUGGAAUGUCACCCGGGAGCCGCUCAACCACCGACGACAACAACGGUGCAGACCGGCACGGACGACAGCAUCAAUAUUCCGGAUGAAAUCUGUGAGCCUGGGUGCUUCCUUGAUCUGCGGUGCCCGGUAGACUGUGAUCCGAUCGUCCCGCCGAAGGUUUUCCCCCACCCGAGCCGAUGCGAUGCGUACUUUACCUGCAACUCGCACGGCUAUUCGUGUGCCACCGAGUGUCCGAUCGGAACGUGGUUCAGCAGCUUUUUCCAACGCUGCGUCAUACCGGAGCUGGCGGAAUGCACACCGGUCGUACCACCCAUCUGUAAAAUACCAGACUGUGUGCCCCACCCGGACUGUCCGGUUCCUGAUACGGAUCCGCCGACGAAACUGCCCCAUCCGGAUCGCAGUGAUUGGUUUUACAUUUGUCGGGAUGGAUCUGCCUGUCAAAUGGCUUGUCCGCCUGGGCUAGAUUGGGAUUUUAUCACAAGGGAGUGCGAAAUUCCCUCGGAUCCGGAAACUCCAGAACCACCGAUCACUACAGAAGAACCAGUCACUACGACCACUACGGAAGAACCGAUUACUACGACCACUACGGAGGAACCAAUUACUACGACCACUACAGAAGAACCGAUUACUACUACCACUACAGAAGAACCGAUUACAACGACCACUACAGAAGAACCGAUUACAACGACCACUACAGAAGAACCAAUAACUACGACAACUACCGAAAUCAUUACCACACCGGGGGUGGAUUGCCCAACAUGUCCGCCCUCGAACUGCUUCCCGGACAACCGGUGCCCAAAGUGCGAAAAGUGCGUUCCUACCUACUUCCCGCAUGAAGACUGCGACAAGUUCUACAAGUGCAGCUUUGGGCUGAUCUGUGAAAUGAAAUGUCCGCCCGGUCUGCACUUCAACACACGCGAGAACGUAUGCGACUGGCCGGCACAGGCAGGAUGCGAAUAUCCACCAAUCAUCGAAGACCCGCCAGAGAAUGUGGCCUGCCAUCCGAACCCGCAAUGCCCGCCCGGCAACGGUGUGGAGGUGUUCCUGCCGCAUCCGGACAGCUGCACACAGUUCUACAAAUGCAGCUGGGGUAACGCGUGCCUGAAGGAGUGCCCGGAUGGGUUGCACUGGAGCACGACGAAGAUGCGCUGCGAGUGGCCGUUCCUUGCCGGCUGCGAUCCCGACAUACCACCGAACGAUCCAAACUGUCCGACGUGCCCGUGCAUUCCCUGCCGAUCGAACCGUAACGCCUGUCAUCCGUCGCAGCGCUGCCCGCCGGCUGGUAUGCGGUCUGUGUCGAUCAGCUUCAGCCACGAGCUGUACUGUAACCGAUUCUACGAGUGUCUUUCCGGGCAGGCCUGUAUCCUCGAGUGCCCAUAUGGUCUCGAGUACAGCGGCGGUGUGGGGCGAUGCGAUGAGCCUAGCAAAGCCCAAUGCAGCCGUUGGUGGAAGUAA